AUGUUACCCUAUUGGGUAACGGGCGCCGCAGCUGGGAUUGUCUCCCUGCAUCUCAUCCAGAAACUCCUCUUCCCCUACUUCUGGCACGAACUUAUAUACCUGCUGAAAGUGAUAAAAUUUGGGCUGACCAUAGAGAUCUACAGGCUGCGAGGGAGGAUUUUCACGGUGCUGGACAGGUUUGUGAAACAAGCUGAAAGGCAGCCCCACAAGCCAUUCAUCGUCUAUGAAGGGGAUGUUCACACCUACCAGGACGUGGACAGGAGGAGUAACAGGGUAGCUCGGGUCUUCUUGCAACAGGGAGCGCUGAAAAAGGGGGAUACCGUGGCCCUGCUGAUGAGCAAUGAACCUGACUUCAUCCAUGUGUGGUUUGGAGUGGCCAAGCUGGGCUGUGUGGUAGCUUUCCUCAACUUCAACGUCCGCUCCAGGUCCCUUCUGCAUUCUAUCAGUAACUGUGAGCCCAAGAUACUCAUUGUGGGAGAAGAUAUGCUUGGGACAUUAGAGGAGAUUCUUCCUAGCCUCCAAAAAGAUAUUGGUGUUUGGGUAAUGACAAAAGACUGCACUCUGCCAAGUGUUAAUACCCUUUUAGACAAACUGGAAGCUGCAUCUGAAGACUGUGUACCAGUUAACCUCCGCUCUGCAAACAACCUCAAGUCCUCUGUACUCUACAUUUUUACCUCAGGAACUACAGGUCUACCAAAAGCUGCAGUUAUUAGUCAUCUGCAGAUUCUAAAAGGAGCUGCUGGAUUAUGGGCAUUUGGUGCUACUGCAGAUGACACUGUUUAUAUAACUCUCCCUCUUUACCACAGUGCAGCUUCUGUCCUUGGCAUUGCUGGAUGUAUUAAAUUGGGUGCAACUUGCGUCUUAAGAAAGAAAUUCUCAGCUAGUCAAUUCUGGAGUGACUGCAAAAAGUAUAAUGUGACUGUUAUACAGUAUAUUGGAGAGCUUUGUCGUUAUCUUUGCAACCAACCUGUGAAAGAAGGAGAAAAAGAUCACAAAGUUCGCUUGGCAGUUGGAAAUGGAGUAAGGAGUGAUGUAUGGAGAGAAUUUUUAGGCCGAUUUGGUGACAUCAAAAUGUGUGAGUUUUAUGGGGCUACUGAAGGAAACAUUUCUUUCAUGAACCACACUGGGAAAAUAGGAUCUGUGGGACGUACUAAUUUCUUUUAUAAGCUUUUUUUCCCUUUUGACUUAAUCAAGUAUGAUUUUAAAAAAGAUGAACCGAUUAGAAAUAGGCAUGGUUGGUGUGAGAAGGUUAAGAAAGGUGAGGCUGGUCUUCUCAUUUCCAAAGUGAAUGCAAAGAAUCCCUUCUUUGGUUAUGCUGGGAAUAAGAAACAUACAGAAAAGAAAUUACUCUGCGAGGUGUUUAAGAAGGGAGACAUUUAUUUCAAUACAGGGGAUCUGAUGGUUCAAGACCAAGAGAAUUUUCUUUACUUUUUGGAUAGGAUCGGGGAUACCUACAGAUGGAAAGGAGAGAAUGUUGCAACUACUGAAGUUUCUGAUGUCAUUGGUAUGUUGGACUUCAUACAGGAAGCCAAUGUAUAUGGUGUUCCUGUGCCAGAUCAUGAAGGAAAAGUGGGAAUGGUCUCUGUUACUUUGAAGCCCAAUAAGUCAUUAGAUUUAGAACAAAUGUAUGAACAAGUUGUGACAUAUCUACCAGGCUAUGCUUGCCCACUAUUUUUAAGACUCCAGGAAACAAUGGAAAUGACAGGAACUUUCAAACAACAAAAAUUUCGGUUGGUGAGGGAAGGGUUUAAUCCAUCUGCAAUCACUGAUCCACUUUAUUUUUUAUACAGUUCUAAAAAAUCUUAUGUUCCAUUAACCAAAGAACUUCAUGACAAGAUCUUAUCUGGGCAACUGAAACUUUAAUUAGUGUUAAAUUAACAGAUUUGAUAACUACUUUGUAAGAAGCAACAAAGGCACUAAGUAAUAUUUCUAUGUAGCUUGUAUUCUUGAUAUUUUGCAGCCAUAUCUUUUUGGAUUCAGAAGUUUCACUACACCUUUAAUUUUUGAUUGUCACCGAACACUAAUAAUUUUCUACCUCCUGAAACACCAAAUAUACUUAUAUUACUUAGGAAACAUGUUUAAAAUGUAUCUUCUUUGUGAUUCGGGGUAUGAACGUCUUGAACCUAUUUUCUAUAUCAGACAUGAAUGAGUGAUAGUUACAGAAAAAUAAUAAUAUACACAGAAAUAAAUUAUAUUGGAAAAAUAUACUACUGUUAGUAUUGUUGCUUGAGACUAACAUCUAUUUUACUGUACUUAAUAGUUUUCCUGUAAAUUUCAUAAAGCCUAAUGAUUAUUUAUAAAAUGUUAAAAUUAAAAAGGAACUGAAGAAAGGUAGGGAAAAAAACACAACAAACUAUAAUUUUCCUGCUCUAUGAAAACAUUGACUUAAGCUGCUUAGUUUCAAUACAUGGAAGGCAUACAGCAUACAUUGUUUUUAUCUCCUUCCCUCAGGGCAUCUGGAUCUUGGUUCUGUCCUCAUCUGAUUCCUAAUCCACUUACCUUCUGCAGCAUAUUUAAAUUCCUUGUCCACAUGCAAGAUGCAAGUUUACUGCUCUAAGGGCCCAGUCCAAAGCCGUUGAAGGCAAUGGUGAUCUCUCUGGCUUUUUCCAUUCACUUCCAUACAUGAGGGAACCAUCCCUCUUCCUGACCUUGUUUUCCAUAAUCCAAUCUUAAACGCACACAUGCCUAAAGCCUACAAAUCAUAAUGCUCCCUCAAAGCAACAUCAAAAAUAUAAAUAAGAAGAGAGUUGGACACCAAAAAAUCCUCUUAACAAAACAUGGAACUAACGAAAUGUGUGGUAGCUUCACUGCUCAGCAGCAUGCCUUUUUGUUGCAAUCUAUUCCCUUCCUUCAUUUGUACCUUGUCUCUUUAGAUUGUAAACUCCUGAGGGCAGGGUAUACUGUCUGGUAAAGCAACUAGCACACUUUUGGCACUGGAUAAAAAUAUCCAUGCAUUGAUGUGCAUAGUCCUGGUCUGUUGGGUAGUGUUGCUCAGAUGUAGUUAGGACAAAUGGAUUGGAAGUCAUUGCCAGCUGAGGGCAAAAAUUGUUCUUAGAACAU